AUGAACCCUGAUGACACGGGUGUCUAUCUGUGCACAGCGUCAAAUGCAUACGGAGUCGAGUCAUCGCAAUGUUUGGUCUUCGUCGCCGAACCCACUGGACCCGACGCGCAUUUGGUGUUGGCCGAUGUGUUGAGUGAUAAACGAGCUCCACCCAAAUUCGUCCGAGCACCAGCCGGACUCAUCGAUGCACCUGAAGGCUCAACCAUUAAGCUUGUGGCAAAAGCAAUCGGUGAACCCCAGCCUCGAAUCACAUGGAAAAAAGAUGGGAAGAAUAUUUCUCGAACAAAUCGAAUGUAUCAACAUUACCUCCUUCCUGUCCUAUCGGAUAUAUCUGGAGGAAAAAUGCACCAAAAUCAGUCUUCGAUCACUGGAGAGUUCGAAUCGCAUCUUCAAAUCGAUUUCGUCGUGCAGAAAACGUCGGGAAUCUUCCAGUGCAUCGCUGAGAAUUCUGAGGGACAGACGAUCGUUGAAACUCAGGUGAUCGUGCAACGGGGCACAGCGAGACCGAUCGAGAAUUGCGCGCCGGUUUUCCUCAGCCCAAUGAGAGAUAUGGGCAUUGUGAACGGUCAUCCAUGCACAUUGAGCUGCAAAUUCAAGGGAGUACCCGAGCCGGAGAUUCGUUGGUAUUUCAUUGAUGACAAUAUGAGAAGGAUUUGUCUCAAUAAUGUGCCAACUGGUUGGAUUGAGUGCAGCGGUGGAGACACAGCCGAGCUGAAGUGCGAGAGAACCUAUCGAAAUCAACAGGGAACUUAUCAAUGUGUGGCAUCGAAUCGCUACGGUGAAUCGUCAACUCAAUGCUAUUUGUUGGUGGGCGAGUUGAAUGAUCAUCCAGCCGGGCCGCCUCGUUUCAUCAAAUGUCUUCGCGAUGUUUGGACUCCGCUUGGAGAAGAGAUCGCUUUCGAGGUUGAAACUGCUGGAUAUCCAUUGCCCGAAUUGAGAUGGUUACACAACGAGAACCUUGUUCGUGAAGGCCGUGAUGUGCAAAUCAAAUAUGUUAGCGAUAACAAAGCCGAGCUGAAAAUCAAAAAGGUGUCACUUCUUGAUCUUGGCACAUACAGUGUGGAAGCAUCGAAUAUCCAUGGAAUGUUGCGAACGAAUGCCGCUUUGAAUGUCGGAAAGCCUCGACACGCAAUUCCACCAGAAUUCCGUCAAUACAUGCAGAAAGCUGAUCAAGAUGUCGUUGUGAUGCCAAAAGUCGCUUUUGAGGAAUCCGAUGUGCAACGCGCGCUUCUCAAGAGUGCUUCACAAGUCCGAAUGGAAUUGAGAAAGAAAGGAGCCGCUCCAGUUUUCGUCCAUGGAUUAGAGGAUCUGGAGUUGAGAGCCGGCGACUCGGCUGCUGUUGCUGGACAGUUGACUAGAAAAACUCGUCAACGAAUCGCACACGCACAUGGUCACAAAUCGGCGGCUCGUGGAUUAGCUGAAUCCAUUUUGGCGACAGCUUUCGAACAAGAAGCUUCCACUUCAUUUGAGGAAAUUGAGACAAAUGUAUCGAUCAAAGAAGAGAAGAAACUCGAGAGAAAAGAAUCAUUGAAGGAGGAAACCGAAUCCCAAUCAGCUCUUGAUGAGAUUCGUCAAGCAAUUCAACACCGAAAUCGAAAGACUUGUCGACCAAAGUUCAUGGUUCGGCCAAAGACAAAGAAACAAUUGGAAGAGGGACGAAGUCUGAGACUGAAAUGCGCUGUUUCCGCGAAUCCACUUCCAACUGUUUAUUGGGAUAAAUCGGGAAUGGUCCUUGAAACCGGCAACAAGUACUCGAUCUACAAUGACGGAGAUUUCUACUACUUGGAAGUGCAUCAUGUCUCAAUUCAUGAUCAAGAGCCAAUGGAAGUGAAAUGGAUAAGGAAUAAUAUGGUGGUCGCUGAUUCGAGUGGAUUCAAAUAUAAGAAAGAUAAGAAUCAUUGUGGAUUGAUGAUUGUGGACGCUUUCCCGGAAGAUGCGGGAGAGUAUAUUUGUGAGGCGAAAAAUCAAUGGGGAGUCGCGAGAUGUGCGAUGAGAUUAGAGAUUCGUUCUGAUGAUAAACCAUUGAUUGAAGAACCUCCACGAAUUGUGGAUGCGCCUACAAAUGUGAAUGGAGAACCGGGAAUGCCUGUUCAGAUUAGGGUUAAGGUGACUGGCCAUCCAGAUCCGGUCGUUGAAUGGUUUAAAGGAAAUACAAAGAUUAUCAAUGAUGAGAAAUAUCAACUUUCAUCGGAUGGUAAUUGGAUGUUGCUGACGAUAAAUGAAGCGACGAGAAAAGAUGACGGAAAAUAUCGAAUCUCGGCUUCAAAUGGAGCUGGAUCGAUUAGUCAUUCGAUUGAUUUGACUGUUAGAGAACCGACAUUGAGUGAUUCAUCAUUGGCUCAACCUCGUUUCACGGUUCAACCAGUUUCCGUGCAAACUGCUUUAGCACAAAAAGUUCAACUGCAGUGCUCAUUUGAGGGAAAACCGACGCCCGUUGUGUCGUGGUUUAAAGAUGAGAAUCGACUUCAAGAUGGAGUAAAGGGAUAUUCGAUUGAGACCACUGGAAACAAUUCGAUUCUUUCGGUGGUUUAUCUUGAGAAAGAACAUCUCGGAGAAUAUUUGUGCACAGUGAGAAAUCCGUAUGGAGAAGAUCUCGCCACUGCAAUGAUUCUAUUGGAAGUUUAUCGUCUCUUUUUGGCAGUUGUCGUUCUUCACGUCUUUCUGUCAACCAAUGUACACAAUUUGAAGUUCAGUUCUUUUGGUUCAUCGGCGGCUUUACCUCACCGUCCCCUUCGCAAG